AUGAAAACUCUCAUCAUCGCAGCUGCCGCUUCCGGUGCCCUGGCCUCCCUCAACUGCACGGCCACCGCCGAGGUCAGGACCUACUGCUGCCCGGACAUCAAGUCCGAGGUCGUCAAGACUGGUCCAUCCGGCGCCCUCGUCAUGCUGGGUUGCGCCGCUGACAAUACCAACAAGUACGUCCCGUCUCUUGGAGAAACUUCAUGUGGAAUGUGUGUGAUGUUGCUGACUGUGUACCAAAGAAACUGGUACUGGAACUACAACGGCCUGUACACGGCCUACUCGACGCAGUUCAAGGAGUGCUACCUCAACAGCAUGCCUUUCAAUGAUCUCAAGGUCCUCCCCAACUGCAAGGACGACACGUACGUCCUGGACCUCACCCGUGGCAAGUCCGGGCCCCUCGACAAGUGCAACCCGAACUGCGUCUCGCAGAACAAAUUCCCUGCCAACACCUACUUCGGCGACCGGCAGAAGGAGACCAACAUGGCGGCCGAUUUCCCGCGACCCAAGCCCAACCCUGGCUGGCCGUGGGGUCGCCGAGAGCGCUGGGUCUAA